AUGGAUCGUCACUCACCAGAUCGCUAUCAAACCCACAGUCCUGGCUACCAGCUCGACGACCGCCCAUAUAUCCACAAUGAACCCCUCGAGAUACCUGUCGGCCCAGGCCCAUACGCCGCUCACUCCACCGAUCGGCUAGCAGCGCAGCCGACGUACGAAGUCUCCAAUAUGCCGAACACAUACGGUCACAACCAAGCGUACGAUGAUACACACGAGCAUGGCUACACCCCCAAUCCUUUCCAGCAAGCAGCUCACGAAGGUCGGGGAGAAUACAAUCUCAGCCCUCGCUACGAACACGAAGACUACGUUCAACACCCUGACGCAUAUGAUGCCCCUCAACACCCAUACUACCAAGACGACGCAGACACCCGCCCAAUACUGCAGCCUGGCGCUUCGUAUGGACCGGAUCCUCACCAAGAAGUCCUCUCCCCAGGACCUGAACACGAGGAUCUUGAGGCAGGAUACAACGACCCUCCACCACCCGCGGCGAAUGCGCCUAUAAGGAGAUGGAAGACGGUCAAGGAGGUGCAGUUGUUCAAUGGCAAUUUGGUGCUGGAUUGCCCAAUCCCACCUCGGCUGCUAAACCAAGUACCACACGCACAGCCGCCAGAAAGAGACGAGUUCACACACAUGCGAUACAGUGCAGCCACUUGUGAUCCGAGCGAGUUCUAUGAGAAGCGGUUCACUCUGCGACAACGUCUGUUCGCCAAACCCCGCCAGACCGAGCUGUUCAUCGUCAUCACCAUGUACAAUGAGGAGGACGAGUUGCUCGCGCGGACAUUGAUAGGUGUGAUCAAGAAUAUCGAAUACAUGAACUCGCGAACAUCGUCGAAGACAUGGGGCAAGGACGCCUGGAAGAAGAUCGUAGUCUGUAUCGUAUCAGACGGCCGUGCCAAGAUCAAUCCGAGAACUCGAGCUGUACUUGCUGGAAUGGGGAUUUACCAAGAUGGCAUUGCGAAGCAACAGGUCAACGGCGAGGAUGUGACAGCUCACAUUUACGAGUACACGACGCAGAUGACGCUGGAGAUCAAGAAGGGUGUUGUGAUGGUCAAGAAGGGCACCACGCCUGUGCAGGUCCUGUUCUGUCUCAAAGAGAAGAACCAAAAGAAGAUCAAUUCCCACCGAUGGUUUUUCCAAGCCUUUGGCGAGGUCCUUCAGCCCAAUAUUUGCGUGCUCAUCGAUGCUGGUACUCGACCUGGACGAAGCAGUGUCUACGACUUGUGGAAGGCGUUCGACAGGGAGCCUAUGUGCGGUGGUGCCUGUGGUGAGAUCAAGGCCAUGUUGGAGCAUGGAAAGAACUUGAUCAACCCCCUCGUGGCGGCACAGAACUUCGAAUACAAGAUGAGCAACAUCCUCGACAAGCCUCUCGAGAGUGCAUUCGGCUUCAUUACUGUGCUCCCCGGAGCAUUCUCAGCCUAUCGCUACGUGGCCCUGCAAAACGACAAGGCCGGCCAUGGACCGCUGGAGAAGUAUUUCGCUGGUGAGAAGAUGCAUGGUGCCAAUGCCGGUAUCUUUACCGCCAACAUGUACCUCGCCGAGGACCGCAUUCUCUGCUGGGAGCUUGUCAGUAAGAGGAACUGUUCCUGGAUCCUGCAAUACGUCAAGUCAGCUACUGGCGAGACGGACGUGCCUACUGAGAUGGCCGACUUCAUCCUCCAGAGACGACGUUGGCUGAACGGAUCGUUCUUCGCCGCCGUCUACUCGCUUGCCCAUUUCUACCAACUCUGGCGCAGUCAUCAUGCAGCUCUUCGGAAGUUCUUCUUGUGCAUUGAGUUCGUCUACCAGCUAGUGAACAUGCUGUUCGCCUGGUUUGCUAUUGGAAACUUCUUCCUGGUCUUCCGCAUCUUGACAUCUUCUCUUUCGGACUCUGACUUGCUGGGCACCGCAGGCCUGGUCUUAUCCAUCGUCUUCGAAUGGGUUUACCUCGCAGUGCUGCUCACCUGCUUCGUCCUGGCACUCGGAAACCGACCUCAAGGAAGCAACAAGUUCUACAUGUCAAUGGUCUACUUCUGGGCGAUCAUCAUGGCAUACCUUCUCUUCGCAUCGAUCUUCAUCACGGUGAGAUCGGUGCAAGAGCAGAUCAAGGAGCAUAACGGCUUCUCCUUUGCCAUGCUGUUCACGAACUCGAUCUUCUUCACGCUGAUCAUCUCCAUGCUGUCGACCUACAUCCUCUACUUCGUAGCUUCGAUACUAUUCCUGGAUCCUUGGCAUAUGUUUACGUCCUUCCUGCAGUACAUGCUGCUGACGCCGACUUACCUCAACAUUCUCAACGUGUAUGCCUUCUGCAACACGCACGACAUCACAUGGGGAACCAAGGGUGACGACAAGCCGGAAAAGCUGCCAGCUGCGAAUCUCAAGCCUGGCGGCAAGGUCGAUGUCGCAAUUCCGACUGAUGAUGCGGAUCUCAACACUCAGUAUGAGCAAGAAUUGCGCGUAUUCAGUACGAAGUAUGAAGCACCGAAGAAGACCGUCACGGCGGAGCAAAAGCAUGAAGACUAUUACAAGGGCUUCCGGUCCGCAGUCGUGCUCGCCUGGAUGUUCUGCAACUUGGCGCUGGCAGCCAUUGUGCUGAACACAGCCGGCCUGCAGCGGGUGAACGUCAAGGACAACAACGAAGAGACCACGACCCAGCGUGCGACCAUCUACAUGGCCGUGGUGCUAUACUCGGUGGCGGCACUUGCCGCAGUCCGCUUCAUCGGUUGUUGUUGGUUCUUGGUCAUUCGGUUGUUCAGAGGUGUAUAG